AUGCAGCGCUCCGUCGAGAUGCAGCGCUCCGUCGAUGUGCACCAUGGCCAAGGUGCCCCUCCUCUUGUUUAUCGAGCGAGCCAUGCCAGCACCAAGUCGUUUCCGCUGCAGCUGCGAUCGCUGCCUCCAGCAUUGCGCCCGCUCGUCCGCGCCUACGUCUUGGGAUAUGCCUCCGCCGUGGCGCCACGACUCCUGACCCUCGUCCUCCAGCACCUAUCGAGGGCAAGGGCCAACGGAAGCUCGAAAUGCCCUCCCGCCGAACAGGAAGAGCGCACCUUUCUCGAAUCGGUGGCUCACAUACUUCGCGCAGGCCUGCAGCCGCAGCGCUUCCCCACCUUCUGCGCCGUCCUCGUUGGCGGUUCGACUCUCCUGCAGGAACCCUUGAGGCCCAUCAUCAGCCGACUUGCCGACGGCCUCGACGGCCUCGUUCGUCAGAGGAUCACAAGAUGGCUGGCCUCCUUCAUCGCCGCGUGGCUCAGCCUCCGCCUGCUGCACACGAGCAAGCCGAGGUUGGCGGCGAAAGGCGCAGGGGCGGGAGGGCAGAAUACCGUCUCCAAGUUUGGCGGGAGGACGCUCGACCUGACCCUGUUCGCCACCACCCAGGCUGUUGAUGUCAUCGUGGGCGAGCUGUGGUCGCGGCGCAAGGCUCGUCGAACAGCUGCCCAGAAGUGGACCAAGGGCGAGCAAUUUGUUUCCAACAUGAUCGACCCUCUUUCCUUCGUCGCAUCCUGUGGCUUGAUCAUGUGGGCUUGGUUCUAUGCCCCGGACAAUCUCCCCCGGGCCUACAACAAAUGGAUCACGUCGGCUGCCCACGUCGAUCUGCGACUCAUCGAGGCCCUGCGAAGGUGUAAAUCGCGUGAGCUUCGCUACGCCGAGGAGACGGGCCAGGCGCCGCUCUUGGGAGCCAUGUGCGUCGACUUCAACCUGCCCUACGAAUGGGGCAACCCCGUCAAGGUGGUUCCCUUCCCCUGCGACAUCGUCCACAUGGGACGAGGUCCGUCCUGCGAAGUCCACGCCUGGCAUCGCUUCUGGCUGUCGUGGAGGUGGUCCAUGUACACCUACCUCCCGCUCGCUCUGGCCCUCCAACUCCGAAAGCCCAAGCGCAGCAGCCUCCUGCUCGCCCUCGUGUCGGCCUCCCGCUCCUCGGCUUUCCUCGCCACCUUCAUCACCCUCUUCUACUACGGCGUCUGCCUAGGACGCACUCGCGUCGGCCCCCACCUCAUCGGCAAGGACGUCCCUUGCCGCAACCGCAUCGACGGCGGGAUCUGCGUCGGCGUCGGCUGUUUCCUGUGCGGCUGGAGCGUCCUCAUCGAGACGGCCAGUCGCCGCAAGGACAUGGCCCUGUUUGUCGCCCCGCGUGCCAUGGCAACCCUCAUUCCGAGGCAAUACCCGCUGGAGAAGCAGUGGCGGGAAAGGUUGGCCUUUGCGGCCAGCACCUCUGUCGUCCUCGCCUGCGCCAUGGAGAACCCGAGGCGCGUUCGGGGCAUGAUGGGCGGCAUCUUGGGCCUCACUCUACGCCAAUAG